AUGGUCAAAGUUGCAGCGGCGGAGCAAGAUCUGCAUUUCAGUUGUGCAGGUGACGAAGCUGUGGAGGUGGGCGGCGGCGGCGGUGUUGCAAAUGCAAACCCUAAUGGUUUCGAGGAAGACCGAAUUGGUGACAAAGAUAUGUGGCUUGAUAGAGACCAAGACGGCCUUUUCGAUGUCAAUGAAGCUUCAAUUUUCUACGACGACUUCCCCUUGCUGCUGGAUUUCCCUUGCACGUCCUCCUGUUCCUCCUCCAUGCAGCCGGAGCCGAAGCCAGUUACAGGAAGCUCCUCCCCCUCCUCGGCAACCUCUUGGGUGGAUGAAGACGGUUCCAUCAGGAUGAGUUUCCCAGACGAGGUGAAAAUGGACGCGGGUUACCUGGGUAACGUGGAUUGCAUCGACGUGAUGGAGAACUUGGAGUACAUGGAUCUGAUCGACUGUAACAGUUUGUACGGUAAUCCCUAUGCGAUGUACGGUUCAAAUGGGGAAAAGGUGAUGAGACUCGGCUCUUCUGCAACUAGAGAGGCCAGGAAGAAGAGAAUGGCGCGCCAACGGCGCUCCUUGUAUUCGCACUAUAGCCGUCACUCUGAAUCGCAACCUAAUUCAAACAUGCAACCGCAGCGGCAGGCGGCUACUGCUGCUGUUUCUGAUUGGCAGCAACAGCAGGGUUGGAAGACUGAAAAGAACUUGAAGUUUUUGCUGCAGAAAGUGUUGAAGCAAAGUGAUAUUGGCAACUUGGGAAGAAUUGUGUUGCCAAAAAAAGAGGCUGAAAGCCAUCUCCCAGAACUCGAAACAAGAGAUGGGAUUUCCAUAGCCAUGGAAGAUAUUGGAACUUCUCGUGUUUGGAAUAUGCGUUAUAGGUUUUGGCCUAAUAACAAAAGCAGAAUGUACCUUCUUGAGAACACAGGGGAUUUUGUGAGGGUCAAUGAACUUCAACAAGGAGAUUUCAUUGUCAUCUACUCGGAUACGAAAUGUGGCAAAUAUAUGAUACGAGGAGUGAAAGUGCGACAGCCGGGUGGAAAAUUGGAGGCCAAGAAGCCGGCUAGGAGAAACAUACGCAGCUUAUCCUCGCUUGCCGGUAACAGCUCCUCACUUGCACCAAUCAGACAAGCUGUAAGAUGA